AUGGCAGCAGGUGAUGUAGCGCUUUCAGAGGAUCAGCUCAUCGAGAGCCUUCUUGCAGAUGCUGAGAAGCGCCUAUCUGCUCAGUCUUAUUCACAGGAUGUGGCUGUCACUGGCAGCAAACCGGCCAGUCUGGUGAAGAUACCAAAGGUCCUGGCUUCCACGAAAAGCUCAUCAAAGAAGGAGGAAGAGUUGUCAGUCCGGUCUGUGGCUCCAAAGCAGCCAAAGAACAAGAGUGAAGAUGCUGGCUCCGACUGGUUCAACAUGCCCAAAACCAAUGCGACUCCUGAGCUCGUCCGCGAUCUGAAGCUACUGCGGAUGAGGAAUGUACUCAACCCGAAGCAGUUCUUCAAGAAGGACACGCGCACGCAGUUGGUUCCUACUUACUGCCAAUCGGGCACCAUCAUCGAGGGGCCUACCGAGUUUUACAAUGCCCGCCUGACCCGUAAGGAAAGGAAGAAGACCUUGGCCGAGGAGGUCUUGGCUUCUUCUGACGCUAUGGCAAAGUUCAAGACGAAGUACAGUGACAUUCAGACUAGGAAGAUGAGCGGAAGGAAGGGAAGCUACAAGAAAAUGAUGGCCCAGCGUUACAAGAAGCGGUGA